CUGUCAGCACUCAGCGGGGAGGGACUUUCUGGACACAAGUGCGCAACAAGUCCAAGGGCGCAAGAAUCAGUGGCUGAUGACAGAGAGUGACAGCACGCGGUGCAAAAGCUAAUACAGCAGACGGAUUAUUGUGGAUACUAUACUUUUCAUUCUCAAACACGUGUUUUCUUCAUGCUGUCGCUGGGACGGGAGGAUGUGUCGCACUGAAGUUUUCCCGGACUUUGAAAGCGCGCCGUGGGAAGUUUUCCUUUCUCGUGCCGCGGCUCUGAAAACGGCGUGGAGGACUUUUUCUGACACAGAAUGGCAAAGAAAGCGCGCUUCACGCCCCUGAUGCUGCACUUUUCUCUCUGUUUUAGUUCCAAAAGAAGGGCUGAAAGUUUACAACUGUUUCUGACGCGGCAGGUGACCAACAAGGCGCGAGAUCUGGACUUUAUUAUCACCGGAGGCAGCGUGAAAUUGUCCCGACUGGUCUCAGCAGUUAUGAGGAUAUAAUCUGAAUAUAUCUAAAUAUACAUAAGAGAAACUCGGUCCACCAUGAGACCUCUGGGUGUUCUGUGCGUCAUGCUCGCGCUGUGGGAGUCGAGCCUGAGCAACAGAAACUGUCCGGACCUGAUCGUUGACAGCUGUCACUGCUCGGCGGAGAGGUCCAAGGAGCUGAGCCGGCAGCACGUCCGGGUCAAAGUGGUGUGUGAUGAUGUGGACCUGAUGGACACCCUGCAGCCCAGCUUCCUCCCCAAUAGAACCGUUUCACUAAACCUGAGUAACAACAAGAUCUCCCUGCUGAGGAACGGCUCCUUCUAUGGCUUGGCUGCGCUGGAAAAACUGGACCUGAGGAAUAAUUUGAUAAGUACAGUGGAGCCCGGGGCCUUCCGUGGUCUGCUGGCUCUGAGGAGACUGGACCUGUCCAACAACAGGAUCGGCUGCCUCUCCCCUGAAAUGUUUCUUGAUCUGGUCAACCUCUCCAAAUUGAAUUUAUCUGGAAACAUCUUCUCCACUCUGACUGUGGGACUCUUCACACACCUCGUGGCUCUCAGAGUGCUGCACUUCAGCACUGAGACUCUGUUCUGUGACUGUCAGCUUAAGUGGCUUCUCCUCUGGGCUCGGAGCAAUUCUGUGAGGAUCAGCAACGACACGGCGUGCAUGUUCCCCACCCACCUUCAUGGACUGGAGUUUCGUAACCUACGUGAACAGCAGCUCAGAUGUGAUGGACCUCUGGAGAUGCCCCUCUUCCAGCUCAUCCCCUCCCAGAGACAGCUGGUGUUUCGUGGAGACCGUCUCCCCCUGCAGUGCACCGCCUCCUACCUGGACCGCUCGGUGGAGCUGCGGUGGCGUCACAACGGCCACAUCGUGACCACACAGGAGGAGCAGGGCGUCUACGUGGAGGAAACCCUGCUGCACGACUGCUGCCUGCUGACCAGCGAGGUCAUCCUCUCAAACAUCGAGGUGGGCAUCGCUGGUGUCUGGGAGUGCUUGGUGACCAGUUCCCGUGGCAACACCACUCAGCAGAUGGAGAUAGUUGUUGUGGAGACGUCGGCGCCGUACUGUCCCACUGACAGAGUCACCAACAACAAGGGGGACUUCAGGUGGCCAAAGACGUUGGCUGGCAUCCUGGCCUUCCUGCCCUGUGCUCCUGCCACCUUUGGAUCCGCCCCCCACCCCUCUGGCAACGCUCCUCACCCCCCAGGUAAAGGGGAGAAGAAGGCGUGGCGGCGCUGCGACCGCUCUGGUCGCUGGGCCGAGGAUGACUACACUCAGUGUCCGUACGCUAGCGAACUGACACGCCUGCUGCACGAGCUCACACAGAUCACUAUAAACACCACUAACGCUCAGCCUUUAGGUCAGCAGCUAGUGGCCUUCACCAGCAGGGCGGCGCACUUCAAUGAUGUCAUGGACGUUAUCUUUGUGACACACCUGGUGGAGAGGCUGACCAGGCUGGUGGAGAAACGGAGAGAUCUCGGGGACUAUAUCUCUGACAUAGCCAGCAACAUGAUGCUGGUGGAGGAGCAUAUCCUGUGGAUGGCGCAGAACGAGGCCCGAGCGUGCACUCGCAUCGUCCAGUGUGUGGAGCGCAUCGCCGACCUGGCGCUGACCGGAGACAACCAGGUCAUUUCUAAGGUAUCUGCUAACAUAGCCCUGGAGGCCUUCCUGAUCCGGCCCUCAAACUUCCUCGGCCUGUCCUGCACAGCACUGCAGUGGCCCCCCUCCUCCGCCAUCUCCCCCCUCCCUGACAGGCGCUCUCACAGUGACAAGGACACGAGCAGAGAUCGUGAUGCUGAGGAGGACUCGUUGCUCAACUUCAAAUGUCACACUGUCAACAGCAGCGGCUCACCGGCCAGUCAGCUCAGCAAGAACUCAGUGGCAGUCGCCUCAAUCCAUUUACCGCUGGCUGGUACGCCUAUCUCCUCCUCUGCGCUGCAAUCUGUUGAUAACUCCACUUGCAGGCUGCAGUUUAUUGUGUUUCGCAAUGGGAAACUCUUUCCUUGCACGGGGAAUUCGUCAAAUCUCGCAGACGAUGGGAAGCGUAGGAGCGUUUCAACACCAGUUGCUUUCACCAAAUUAGAUGGGUGCAGCCUCGGGAGCGCCGUGCACUCCGUUACUAUCGCUCUAAGGCACUUCGCUCUGGGUGUAGACCCCACCGCAGCCUACUGGGAUUUUGACCUGCUGGAUGGACACGGUGGCUGGAGGGCAGAGGGCUGUCACAUAACAGGCUCCGGGGGCAACACGACCACCAUUCAUUGCACCCAUCACAAUAACUUUGCUGUGCUAAUGGAUCUGAAGAAGGUGCUGUCUUUCCCCCCGUACCCUGGGGAGUUUUUGCACCCGGUCGUGUAUGCCUGCACGGCGGUCAUGUUGCUCUGCCUCUUCGCCUCCAUCAUCACGUACAUAGUGCACCACAGUGCGAUCCGGAUCAGUCGGAAAGGAUGGCAUAUGCUCCUCAACUUCUGCUUCCACACGGCUCUGACCUUUGCUGUGUUUGCCGGCGGCAUCAAUCGAAUCAAAUACCCCAUCAUCUGUCAGGCAGUCGGGGUCGUGCUGCACUACUCGUCCCUUUCGACCAUGCUGUGGCUCGGGGUGACGGCCAGGAACAUUUAUAAGCAGGUGACCAAGAAGCCACCGCAGAGCCAAGAUGGUGACCCACCUCCGACACCAAAGCAGCCCCUGUUGAGAUUUUAUUUAGUCAGUGGUGGAGUGCCCCUCAUCAUCUGCGGGGUCACAGCAGCCGUCAAUAUAGACAACUAUGGCAGCAAGGAGCAAGCACCAUACUGCUGGAUGGCCUGGGAGCCGAGCCUGGGGGCCUUCUUUGGCCCUGUCGCAUUCAUCUUCCUGGUUACCUGCAUCUACUUCCUCUGCACCUUCCUCCAGCUGCGGAAACACCCAGAGAAGAAGUACGAGCUGAAGCAGCUGACCGAGGAGCAGCAGAGGCUGGCUGCCAUCGAUGUGCCGACCCACUGCCACCAGAGCGCGGAGCCGGGGGCUCUGGCGGCCCCGUCUACGGGGAGUCACUGUCCCGCUGGCUGCCCAGGUGUACCCAUCAACCCCGCACUGCUGGCUAAUGAGCACUCCUUCAAGGCUCAGCUACGGACGGCAGCCUUCACCCUCUUCCUGUUCCUGGCCACCUGGGCGUUCGGGGCGCUUGCUGUGUCUCAGGGCCACUUCCUGGAUAUGAUCUUCAGCUGCCUUUAUGGUGCCUUCUCUGUCACCCUUGGCCUCUUUGUUCUCAUUCAUCACUGUGCCAAGCGUGAUGAUGUCUGGCAUUGUUGGUGUUCCUGUUGCCCUGGACGACAGGACAAUGCCUGCUCGGGAGCCCAUGGUCCUGCUCAGGCGCGGCCUAAGGUCAAUGUGAAUGGAGAUACCCCCGGGCACGGCCACAGUCACAGCCACUGCCACCAUGACUCCCCGUGUCCGGGUAAAGCCCUGAUCAGCUGCAGUCACGGCAGUGUAGGUCACUGCAAACAUGCACUACCAUCCUCUCAAAACCAUGUGACGUGUCUAGCACCUGUGACACCCUGCUGUGCCGCCCUGCACAGCCAGCAGCUGAUGGAGGAGGAGCCUGCAGCCACACAUGUGCUGCUACAUCCUGACCCAGAGGGUUACCGGCCCGGGAUCCAGCUGCACCCCUGCUUAAAGAGCAGCACCAGGACUAAGAGCCGGAGUUUGGGUCGCCGGGCCGGAGCCGCUGCUUGCGGGGCUGGGAGCGAGAGGGAGUAUGCCUAUCACAUCCCAUCCAGUGGGGAUGGAGGCAGUGUGCACAGCUCACACACUGACAGCCCACACAGCACACAUGAGCGCCAUGCCCAUAUCUGUCCACAUGUGGCCCAUGAAGGCCACCAUGACGGGCAUCACACAUGCCAUGCUGCUACAGCCACCACACAUGAGGCCCUGGCAUGCCAUCACCCCUGCCAUAGGCACAUCUGCUGUUCCAAGGCAGACCUUUUCCCCUCCCUGUGCCCAGCAGAGGCAGGUGACACGGGCGUCUUCCUGUGCGGCUGCGGCAAAGUGGCCGAGCCGGACCCGAUGGCGACACAUUGCCAUUUGGAGAUGCACGCACCGCGCAGACAAUCCUACCCUCAGAACCCCCCCAAUCAGAACGGGAUUCUAAAAGGGGGCAUACACGAAGGACUCCUGUACGCCUCGGACAGCACGGGGAAUAUACGCACUGGACCCUGGAAGAAUGAAACUACUGUGUAGUGUGGAAUGGAAGCCCUCCCCUCUCGUCCUUGUCCCGCCAAAAAUAAACCCUGUCCUCCCUUUCUAGAAGUAAAAAAAAUGAAUUGAACUACAUUUUAA